GCUUCAGUUCUUCCUUCUCAUUGCUUCUCCCAGGGCUCGGCCUGCUUCCUAACUUGUACAUAACUGUGUCUCAGCAACCAGCCCUCUUUACGGAUCCUUCUCUCUAGGAGAGCUCCCUCUGGCUAGUUGGAACCAUCCAGUUUUGCCUAUUUGGUGACUGUGCCAUUCAGCGGUGUUAGAGAACAGUUUGUUGAAUUUGUGGAACCGGGUAGUAGUGUGUUAGCCUGCCUCUUCCCCUCCAAAUCCCAGCUGUCUUUGCCUUGAAAAUCAAAAAGAAAAGAAAAUGAGAGCUGAACAAGGCGAUCCUUUGGCGUUAGAGGCCGCACUAGAGCAUGAAGUGAAAACAGACGAGCAAGGCAUGGUGGACACUGAAGCGCCCGGAAAGCGCCCUCCUGCCGUCCAGGCUGGGAGCAGUAGAGGAUGCUGGGAAAGAAAUGGAGGGAGCAUCUCAGGCGAGGAGGGUACAGUCUGCUUUGACAGGCCGUCACAGGCGCAGAUGCUGGAUCCAGACCAGUCUGUGAGGGAAACGUUCCUGACCAAAGAACGGCAGGACCCAGUGAGGGAAAACGGCUCGGAGAACUGCAUCCCAGCAGCAGGCCCUGCAGAAGAUUUCCUACUGAGGAAGCCAGAAGAAGAUCAGCCCCAGGCACCAUUCGUGGACGUGGCUGCAAAUUUCCCUGAGGUGGACGGGGCUCCUUUGGACACGUGGCAGAGGCCACUGUUCAACGCGACCACACAGGAGAGUGACAGUGACACAGAUUCUUUUGGCGGAGGAAUGACCCUAGAGAUGCAUUCCAGUUCAUCCCCGUUUUGUGGUGGAGUGGAAACGGACACAGUCGAUUCCGAUCAGGGACCUGUGUCCUUUGAGGAAGUAGCUGUGCGUUUCACUGAGGUGGAGUGGGGUCUGCUGGAUCCAGGCCAAAGAGCUCUCUACAAGGAAGUCAUGGUGGAAAAUUAUGGGAAUGUCACUUCUCUGGAAGGACCUCCAGUUCCUAAACCUGAUCUCAUCUCGUGGUUGGAAGAAAAGAAGGAGAUCUUUGACCAGAGCUCUGAAACACGGGAAAGAGCAACAGGUGAGGCCGGAGAGAGUAAAAGCAGUGGAGGACCCGUAGAGAUGGUGUCGAAAGGAAGCAAGGGCGGAGAGGUGGAGGAGGCAGUCGGGGAGCAAAUAGGAGCAAAGGUGCUGGAAGAAAACGAACUGGCAGAGACACAGCAGAAGGAAACAGCAGAUGAUGAAACGGUGGCAUCGAUGAGCGUAGAGACCUUCGAAGAGGAAGGCCUUGUAUCUGAAGAAUUGCUCGAGGCUUUACCAGGAGGAUCCCAAGAGAGCAUUUCCUUUGUGCCUGAGGCCGCCGAGAGUGAUGGCUGGGAAAGUGAGAGUGAAUGGGAGCCCUAUGAGGUCUUGUCAGAAGAUACGGAGGAUGAAGACGUGGAAGAGAACUUUGGGAAUCCAGAAGGGCCAGAGAGAAAUGAGGAUGGCCAAGCAGAAGAAUGGAAAAAUAAACCCAAUUGUCAGGGCAGUGACUUCAACGGGAUGCCAGUUCAGCCAAAAAUAUACAAAGGGAAGAGGAAAAACCAGUGCAAGGUUUGUGGGAAGAGCUUCACUCGUAAGGCGAGCCUGAAGGUCCACCAGAGAAUCCACACAGGAGAGAAGCCCUACAAAUGCACUGUCUGUAGCAAAGGUUUUUGUGAUAAGACAAGCUUUCUUAGACAUCAGAGAAUCCACACCGGAGAAAAACCAUACAAAUGCCCGGAGUGCGGAAAGAGCUUUAACCGGACCACAAACCUUAUUACACAUCAGAAAACCCAUGUGGAAACCAGAGAGAAAACAUUUCACUGCUCGAGCUGUAGCAAGAGCUUCUACAACAAGUACAGCCUUAAGACGCACUGGCGAAGCCACACCGGAGAGAAGCCGUAUAAAUGCUCCAGCUGCAGCAAGAGCUUCUGCGAUAAAUCGAACCUUGAGGCUCACUGGCGAGUGCACACCGGGGAGAGGCCCUUUGAAUGCUCGGAAUGUGGAAAGAGCUUCAGCGAUCGCAGAACCCUCCUCAGACAUCAAAGAAUCCACACAGGGGAGAAGCCCUAUAAAUGCACAGAGUGCGGGAAAAGCUUCAACGACCUGGCGACACUCCUCCGGCACCAGAAGAUCCACACGGGAGAGAAGCCAUAUAGAUGCACAGAGUGUGGGAAGAGCUUCAACCAGAGCUCGCAUCUCAUCCGGCACCAGAACACGCAUGAUGCAAAACGCCAGAAAAGCAGCUCGCGGGGGGCCAAGGCGUCAGGUGGAACCAAUAUCUUCCUGGACAUUGGAGGUUUCACCCAAGAGAGCUAUUACGGAUACACUCACCCCACAGAGCCCUUCCACUGGCCGCUUACAUCAUACACAUCCUCCACGGAGGCAGGAGAAGGGGGCAUGCCAAACUUGUGGACUAUUGAGGAGACCUCCGUCGGAGACCAAGCCAUCCUAGUUAUGAAAGAAUUCGCGGAGGACAGGGCCUUAACGCUGUGAGCACUCAGGGCGAGGGAGGCAUUUCAUCCAGGUCCAUCCCUGUUGGGCAUCAUCACCUGCUCAAGCAAGAAGCCAUAAUUAUGUUUCGACUCCUUUAAAAGCGAUCGCAUUUCCAAGAAUAGAUGCCUCGAUCCGAAACCUGAGCGAGGGGGGACUCGCAAAAGCUUCACUUGGAAAAAGGCAAGACUCUUUAGAAAGGAUGACAUUAGUUCCGGUUAUGCACGGAGGAAUUGAUCCUUCACAUCUUAACCAACUAACUGCUUGGCUUUGAGCGGAUAUCCACAAUUUACUGGAGUGAGCGGACAGGGAGUCUCAAAGGUUAAAUUUAGGAUGUACGCCUUGGAGAACGAAGCAAUUUUGAAUGGCCUUCUGUCAAAGCUUCAAACCCAGCUGUUUUUCUGUUUGGCUUCCAAAAUGAUUAAUAAUCCUGUUUUCUUUGGCCAGGCAGAAGGAAAGAGAUUUCACGAGAUUCAGCAACUUAAUGAGUGAUGUAGAAAUCCCAUCACUUGAAGAGAAAACAACAGUUCGGGUUGCAUGAACACUUUCCCUCCCUCGCCGUCUUUCAAAUCGGGUCAGAUUUAAUUCAGCGGGGUAAAGGAAAUUAGAUACUGAUCUCUCUCCAACGUGCUCUGCAAAACACCAAAUUUGAAAAUGAUGGGGGUUUUGGCUUCGGUAGGUGGCAACGCGGAUUCUCAUGUUCGUAAGCCGAUUAUAAAUUUUACACAGCAAAUUUCUAAAAGCGGUGUGUGGGGAAGGAAUUGUUUCAUACAUGAAAAGGAAUUAAAUUUCGAAAAUACCUUUUGCUGGAGGGCAUCUGGAGUCGCAGAGAUUGAAUUCACGCCGUGCGGGCCUACAGCUGCCACAAGGUGCUUUUGGUUGGUUGGUUUUUGUUAAUUGAAGAAAGUCAGAACUGUGAGUCACAAAACUAGCUGGUUUUAAAUCCUAUGUUACAAAUGAUUGAAUAAUAGCCCAAACCAGAAAUUUCAAAUGUGCAGAACUGUGUGUAUCAAGGAAUGGCUAAAUUGCAGCAGAGAGGCCAAGAGCCAACACGAUCCGUUGAAAUCUGGAAAUGGCAAAGACUCCCAAUUGGAGAACAGGUUUCCUGUUCAUUGAGUUUCGCAAGGAGCGGGUCCUUGAAAAUACCCUGCCAAAAUCUGCGAACCAUGCUUUAGGUCAACCUUCCUCACCCUCACGCUCUCCAGAUGUGUUGGACUACAGCUCCCUUCAUUUCCAGCCGGCAUUAAUGCAUGGAUAUCCGAGAGAUUUGGCAGUGUUUCCUAAUGGACAGGCAUGCUCUUUUCACAACCCAUCACAAGAGUUGAGCCUUCCAAAGACAAUAUACUUCAAUGGGUCAAAGCAUGCUGCAGACCAUUUUAUGUCCAUGAUUUAACUGUGGCCACUGAAAAUCAAAUUUUAAAAGAGAGAGAGAGAGAGAUGUAGGCUGCAGUCCUACGCAGAUUUACAAGGGAGAAUGUCCCCUUGACAUCAGAAGGCCUUACCUCUGUGUAAAACCAUGCUUAAGG